ACGCUCACACUCGAUCUGCCCUGCCUCUCCCAAGGGCUUGGGAUGUGUGCAGAGCUCCACAGGUCUGCAGCUUGACAAGGAAUCAGGAGCCUGAGUCCUUGUGGACAGUCAGGGGCACACCGGGAUAGCCCUGCCCAGAAGAGGAAAUCAGGCACUGCUGUCCCCAGGCAAAGCAACAGCGGUGUUUGCAAUCAGGAGUCAUGUGGCUGGAACUCCUCCUGGCCUCUGUGCUGGGCCUUGUCAUCUACCGGUUUGUCUCCCGGGACAAGGAGGAAACCUUACCACUUGAAGAUGGCUGGUGGGGCCCAGGGUCGAAGUCCUCAACCAGAGAAGAUGAGAGCAUCCGACCUUUCAAGGUGGAAACAUCAGACGAGGAGAUCAAGGACUUACACCACAGGAUCGAUAGGUUCCGGGCAUCCCCACCUUUGGAGGACAGUCGCUUCCACUAUGGCUUCAAUGCCAACUACCUGAAGAAAGUGGUGUCCUACUGGAGGAACGAGUUUGACUGGAGGAAGCAGGUGGAGAUCCUCAACCAGUACCCUCACUUCAAGACCAAGAUUGAAGGGCUGGACAUCCACUUCAUCCACGUGAAGCCUCCCCAGCUGCCCUCAGGCCGCACCCCAAAACCCUUGCUGAUGGUGCAUGGCUGGCCCGGCUCCUUCUAUGAGUUUUACAAGAUCAUCCCGCUGCUGACUGACCCCAAGGCCCACGGCCUGAGUGACGAGCACGUGUUUGAAGUCAUCUGCCCCUCCAUUCCUGGCUAUGGCUUCUCAGAGGCAUCUAGCAAGAAAGGCUUCGAUACGGUGGCCACCGCCAGGAUCUUCUACAAGCUGAUGUUGCGGCUGGGCUUCCAGAAAUUCUACAUUCAAGGCGGGGACUGGGGAUCCCUCAUCUGCACCAACAUGGCCCAGAUGGUUCCCAACCACGUGAAAGGCCUACACCUGAAUAUAGCUUUCAUGACAAAAAAUAUCUACAACCUGACCCCGCUCCUGGGCCAGAGCUUCGGGAGAUUUCUUGGCUACAAUGAGAGGGAUAUUGAGCUGCUGUACCCCUUCAAGGAGAAGGUUUUCAACAGCAUCGUGAGGGAGAGUGGCUACCUACACAUCCAGGCCACCAAGCCAGACACCGUGGGCUGUGCUCUGAACGACUCACCCGUGGGCCUGGCUGCCUACAUCUUAGAAAAGUUCUCCACCUGGACCAAACCAGAAUACCGUGAACUGGAGGACGGAGGCCUGGAGAGGAAGUUCUCCCUGGAAGAUCUGCUGACCAACAUCAUGAUCUACUGGACAACAGGAACCAUUGUCUCCUCCCAGCGCUACUACAAGGAGAACCUGGGCCAGGGUGUCAUGGUCCAUAGGCAUGAAGGGAUGAAGGUCUUGGUGCCCACUGGCUAUGCUGCCUUCCCUUGUGAGCUACUGCAUGCUCCAGAAAAGUGGGUGAAGGUCAAGUACCCCAAGCUCAUCUCCUACUCCUACAUGGAGCGUGGGGGCCACUUUGCUGCCUUUGAAGAGCCCAAGCUUCUGGCCCAGGACAUCCGCAAGUUCGUGUCCCUGGCUGAGCGGCAGUGAUGCCCUCGGGGAUCAACCACAGCCUCAGCAGCCGCCCUGGCACCUCCCCUGGCUCCCUUAAGAAAGACGUCCCCUUUCGAAAGAAAGAGCUUAAGAUUCUGUGCCCUGCAGGCUCUGGGAGCCUGGGUGCGCUCCUCCACAUCUCACCACCCCAUGUUAGGUCACAGACAUUAAAACAUGUGGCCACUUUAAGAGUCAGGUGCCCCCAAGUGCCCCAGCUCUGGGAAGAUAUAGCCACGUCUCCCCCAGAGGAGGGUUUGGUGAUAUUUUGUUUGUGCUUUAAUAAAUAAAGUUUGUCUGAAGAUCAGAGUGCAAAGUAGCCAUACUAAUCAGCCAUGCAGGCCAGGCAGUGGAGGCACAUGCCUUUAAUCCCAGCAGCCAC